GACAAUAGCCGUGUUAUCAUUAACCUAAAUCCUCCUGUGCAGCUGCACCAUGUGCUGGCCACGCUUGUUGGUAAUCUUCAGGCCCUGUGCACAAGGCUUCUGCUGAGUUGCAGGCCUGUGGAUUAAGGAGUGGGCUUUAAGAGCGCCCCAAACAUCCCCUCGCUCCUUUUGUUCUCCGUCAUUCUGCGAGACAAACGCGAACAAAGCGGGCACAAUGAACCAGAAGGUGGUACUCAUCACGGGCUGCUCCUCGGGGAUCGGCCUGGCUCUGGCGGCCCGGAUCGCCAAAGACGAGAAGAAGAGGUUCAUGGUCUAUGCCACCAUGAGAAACCUGGGGAAGGCCGAGCUGCUGGUUGAGGCGGCCGACCGGACUCUGGGCAGGACCCUGGAGAUCAGGCAGCUGGACGUGUGCAGCGAGGAAUCCAUCAAAGCCUGCGUGGACAGCCUGCCAGAACGCCGGGUGGACAUCCUCAUCAGUAAUGCAGGGAUGGGACUAAUUGGACCCAUUGAGUGCCAGUCUAUCGAUGAGAUGAAGACGGUCAUGGACACCAACUUCUUUGGGCUUGUGCGACUGCUGAAGGAGAUCCUGCCUGAUAUGAAAAAGAGGAAGAAAGGCCAUAUUGUGGUCAUCAGCAGCGUCAUGGGUAUUCAAGGAAUAUUGUUCAAUGACGUCUACGCAGCGUCUAAGUUUGCAGUGGAAGGCUUUUGUGAAAGCUUGGCAGUUCAAGCCCUGAGGUUCAGUCUGAACAUCAGCCUGAUAGAACCAGGUCCGGUGAUCACAGAGUUUGAGCGUAAAGUUUACGAAGAGGGCCUGAAGACAGACCUCAGCAAAGCUGAUAAAGUGACUGCAGACAUGUUCACAAACAUCUACCUGAAGAACUACAACCAGAUCUUCGAAACCCUUGGUCAGACAGCAGAGGAUGUAGCAGAGCACACCCACAGGAUCAUCACCAUGGACAAUCCUCCCUUCCGCCAUCAGACAAACACUCUCUACACACCCAUGACCACACUGAAAUAUGCCGAUCCCAACGGAGACCUUCCCAUCGAAACAUUUUACAAAAUGGUGUUUGAACACGACAAAGUCUUCAACGCCAGCCUGAACUUCCUCAAGCUGCUGCGCUGGAGGAGUCGCAAGAGUUUUACCUUGGAAAAAGAUAAGAGUACCUGAGAGGAUUAGUAACGACACGUCAGAUCUCUCUCUGUGUGUGCGUGUAUAUGUGUGUGUGUGAGAAAUAUAACCAACCAAAGCUGUACACAGGUUUAGCUCUAUUUCUGCUGUAGUGAAAUUACAUUUCAAAUAGAACAGUCAGCUAAAAUAUCAUAAAUCUGUAAAGCAAUAAAUUAAUUUCUGAAAAUGUC